GCUGCCCUUCACCCCCCGGCAUCCAUCUCUCUCUCUUCCCCAGUCUCCUUGUCAGUCCCCUCAAACCCGUCUCUCUCCGCGCCGUUGUAAUAAAAAAACGCCACUUUAUUGGGGUAGUUGUGUUGAAGGACAUUUAAGGUUGAUGACCUGAAAGUGGAAGCAAUUGGACUUGUUUGGCAUACGAAUUUAGUGAGCUUUACUCAGUGAUUUUGCUGAAGGAACUUACAGGGUAUUAUGAUUGUCCGAUCACAUUAGAGUUACAGUAAUUCCUACCUUGGCACAAAAUUCCCUCCAAAUCAGUUUAAAGGAAUCUCCUCCAACACGUGGAGAUUAAGUAGACUCCAAGAAUAGCACAAUUGAAUGGAGAUCUCGCGCUCUUGCCCUCAUGAAGCGAAGGUCACUAAAAGUGGGGAGUAAGGGGACACUAGUACAAUGCCCAAACUGUGAUUUGAUAACAAAAACACUUUCUUCAGGUGAUUGAGAACAUUAAUUUUGGAGGCUGGCGAAGAAGUUGCAAUGGGCACUAAAGAGACGCUACACAAAAUUGGCCUUCCACAAAUUGUUAAGUUGGAUAUGGGAUUGAAAUUGGCUGAACAAUGGGUUAAUAAAAUGACUAAAGCAGCAGAGAAUGAACAGCCAGAAGUAGAAUCAGAGGGUCAACCUUAUAGGCUUGGAUUGGGUGCGAAGCUCUCAUGCCAACCUAAACAUGGGCCUUCAAACGACCCACUUGAAAAGAAACUACGUGCUAAGUUAAACACUGGAAAAAGAAAAGCUGCUAUUAGUGCCAAGGAAUAUACUCAAUCUGCUAGAGAUGGAGGUGAUAAUGAGGAUGAAGAUGAUGGGGAUUUAGACAGCAGAACAAGUGCAUUUGACAAGAAGCGAGCAAGAGUUCCUAUGACUGUAUGUUCACAGGCAAAUAAAAAACACAAGUAACUAUUUUUCUGUGUUUGUAGAGUCCUUGAGGGUUGUCUUUUUUAUCUGUCACAUAUACUUUUUUAUUUGGAAUGUCACAUAUACUUUUCCUGAGGAAGAUUUGACUCUAUUGAGUUAAUUUUAUAUAAAAUAUUCAUGAGAGGUGUUAACAAUGCUUUGAAAUCACUCUGAUGGACAAGCAGCUCAAAGAUUGCAGAGCCCUGAUGGGUUCCAAGAAGUUCAAGUAUUUCUAGGCUAAACUUUUUUCUUUAGGAGAAUUUCUAGGCUAAACUUGGUUACUCUAAAACGUUGUGUG